AUGCUUGAGACAAACAAUCACAAUGCCCGGUUAUUCAUUGCGAUUCUCUUUGUCGCUCUGCACCCGACCGAUCUGAUUUCGGGCAGAGCUAACGACAGAGGUUAUCUCACUCUGGACCAAAAUGCCUCGCGAAAUUCCGGCUUCAUCGGCUCAACGGGUGUGGUUUUGGGCAAUUUUCUUGGCAACGUGAGUCCAACAUCCUCCACCGCCUCCUCGGCCGCCGGAGUGGGCAGCGUCGUCAGCGGUCGGUCUACCCCGCCGGUCGAGACUCGCGGUCCGUCCGCACGUUAUCACGCUCCCGGGACUGCCGGCGCCGGGGUUCGUGCCUCGAAUUCGCUGCUGAGCGACAUCAGCGGCACCAGCCUCUCGGCACGCAACAUCCCGGGCGGGGCUACAGUCGGGACCCUCGGAGGAUCCGGAGCCUCGGGGAAUUCUUUUUCAGGCGGCUCUUGUGCUCUGCCCAACAGCACGGCCGAUGGGCCGCCCAUGUCGGCACACUGCGGGCCCAGGCUGAUUGUCUUCAUUCUAGGCGGGUACACGUUGUCGGAGGCGAAAAUCUGCUACGAAAUCACGAGAAAGGUAUGUUACAGGACAGUUUUUGGGAUUGUUAAGCUCAACUCCAUCUAG